CGCCCGAUAAGAUCGUGUGCGAAUCGCGCAACGAUACGGUAUGGUUAAUACUGGUAACCUUGCUCAAGUACGAUUCUGUGGUCGCGUAUUCAUCGAUUCCAAGCUCGAGUGAGAGGCAUCCUCCUUCGCGAACACCUCCGGACGAACUCGGUUGCAAACACCUCACUCGUUCUAUCAUACCACUGCUCUUGCUCGAAUACCGGUUACAGACUUUCCAGCGACGACGUAUGCACGGGUGCCGCCACUGAUAGUCACGACAUCCAUCUCCGAGCUCCCUAGCAGCAGCAGAAAUGGACGAGUUCAUGCGACGCAGUCGCAAUUCCCUUAAUGACUGGGCGUACGAGCACUUCAAGGGCCUAGAGGAAGCAAUCAAGAACAGCGAGGAGAUGACGGCAAAGUUCGCACUCGUCAUCGAAGAACGGGAGACGAAGAUCCUACAGCUCAGGGAACAGCUUUCCAGGGAUGAACUCACUACGGCGAUACAGGUUGGCGAGCAAGACCUCGAGAUUGCACAGCUCAAGCAGCAGCUACAGGAUGCUAGGAAUCAAGUUGUUGCGUUGACCUCGGCGGAAGAGGAGAGGUUGAAGCGGACUGUCCAAUCGACGAACGACAACGACGAGGAUGGUAAACCUGUGAGGCCUUUGAAGACACUGGCGAAAGAUGUGACGCCACCUGCUGGCUCGCCUGCCGGUAUCGCACGACUUCGGCCUGCCAUUUCAAUGGACCCGGUACCACACAUUGAUUCGGGUACACAGACGAACCAUGGGCAUCCACCAUUACCUCUAGGCUUUGACUACCCCGAGGCAUACGCCGAACUGCUUGCCAAAUAUCACGAGCUGGUGCAGGAUCACGACGAGCAGAUGGGGAUGUACGGGGAUUUGAAGCAAGAAAACACCAAUUUGAAGAAGGAGAUGGAUUUGAUCAGGAGCUUGAAGAGUUAUAAGAAUGCUUACGAUAUCCUCAACGAAAAGUAUCACCAGGACAAGGCAAGAUGGAAGGUGUGGCUUGAGAAUUACAGGAAGAAAGAGGUUGCGAGGGCGGAGAGGAAACUGAACACUGAAGUUGAAAACGUUUUGAUGACUCCCGGCCCGACGAGCUCGCCGCCGAGACCUCCGGCGUCCUCGCCCGGUAGUUCGCUUGCCAACCCUAACGAGCUCUCAGUUGAGCUGGUCAGAACGGGCAGACUAUUCUCGAACCUUCAGCCAUCUAGGAAGGUCAAUUUUCAGUUUGGGCCCAAUGAUGUCGGCGAACCCGAAAGGAAUAUUCCAAAUGAGGAAGCAAUCCAUUCAGAUGCUUCAUCAUAUGCAAUUCCUGAAACUCAGGAACAAGAUCAACCCCAAUUGCCGCAGUCAACUCAGAAGCCGGCCGGCAACCCGGACAGGAACACUGAUCCAGACCACCCAACCAGUGACCUUACGUCGAGUGACACCGGUGACGAAGGUGAGAUCACUCCGAGAGCGAAGAUACCCAUUGUCGAUCAACAGAUGCACCCUCCAACCCAUUUCAAGACGCCAGUACCAGCAAACAAGGAGGGAGCGAGCUGGGCCAAACCCGUGGUGAUCAAGAGUGAACCUCUGUCAAGCCAGGACGACCCCGGCUAUCACCUGUUCGAUCAGGAGAGUUUGGACCUGGACGAUGUCGGACAUCUCGCGCCCCAAGAACAGCAGAUCACGCCGAGGAAGAGGCGGAAGGCGGAUAUCAUCAAACAGGCCAUCAAAGGUGAGGGAAGCGGAAACGGCGAUGAGACUCACGAUGGUGAUGAAAAUGACGUCUCUUUACCUCACAAAAUUCGACCCAACAUGAUCGCUGAAGCGGAUACAUUAUUGCCUCCUCCACCGCGUCCCAGAGUGCAGAAGCCAGUGUCCAUCCCAGUUCAGAAAACAGACUCUCCUUCCGGCCGUCUCGGUCCCAUCUCCACCUCGGCUUCCGCUUUCCGCACUCCCAUCAAGGCUACCAAACGAGCUUUGCGCUCACGCAAGGGUGCUCAUGUCCCCGUUUUAGAAGAUGGUGCCGACGGAAAAAAGCCCGUGGGUCUCGGUGGAGAUACCCCCAGCGUCCAAACCGCAGUCCGCCUCGAUGACAUCCUCUUUACACCGCCCCCCAAAUCCGUCAGCCUCUCCGCCCUUAGUAAGGAAGCGAUCAACACGCGCAGUGCUCCCCAGAACAGGCGCCCCAAACUGAGAGCGGAAGGAAAGGACAUGUUGACCACGCCCAACAAUCCCACUCUCAAGAAGCGGGACGCCGCCACGGACCCUCUCCCCAGCAAGAACAUCCGGAAGCAGCCCGCCACCGCGGCCGACUUCGCCAUCAACCCGGCCAUGAACGACGGCAUCGACUAUGCGUACCACGAAGUCGUCCGCAACCGCGAAGCACGCAAGUGUCUCCCAGGCUGCACGCGCACCUGCUGCAAGGAAGUCGGCAAAUUCGUCGAAGCCGCCGGUAUGCCGCUGCUCACAAAGGCGGGUCCCCGCUGGCGCAGCAGCAGCCCCGAGCAGCCCGCCGAAAAUACCGAUGCCGUCGGCGAGAAGGAGUUCCUAGAUCUCUAUGGCCGCCACCGUGAGGCGUUCCCCAGACGCAAUACGCCCCCGGGCUUCUGGGAUAGUGACAUGCCGGAUACUCAGGCGCUCAAGAAGAGGAAUGAGGAGGCGGAUAAGCUGGAUCGCGAGCGUGUGGAGCAGCGGAAUAGGGAGGUGAUGAAGGGUUCGAAGGGACGGUUUGUGAGGAAGUUCUAGGGAGAGGGUUGCAUUUGAUGGUAUUCUUCGCUUUGGGGUUUUGGCGUCGGUGGUGGUCUUUGAUUUGCACGUAUUACUCCUUAUUGUUGUACUGGCAUACUUUACUUGAUUUUUUUAUUCUUUGCGGUGGCAUACCAUUUUUGCUCGCCUUUACUUUGCUCUCUGUAUCUAAGUAAACUACUUGAUGAUUCUGGAUGAUACACCUUUACCUACGAGGUGUCAUGUAUGUACUAUUGUACGUGGU